AUGAACGCAAACCAGCAGGUACUUGAUAAUGACUUGGGCAACAAUGCCUCCAAGAACGCCCCAAAUGACGGACCCGCUAUCGAUUGGACCUCUAGCAGCCAGCACCAUACCACACAUGCGCCAGCAGCUGCAUGCCCUUCGCUUCCACAGCUAAGUGGAGGAGGGGUAUUGGGCUCUCUUACUGUUUGUGUCCAAUGCCAUUGCGCAUUUCCGAACAACGCGCAGCUGAACAAGCACGCCAAGGACACUUCCCACAAAUCAUAUGAAUGUACCUGCGGCGCCAGGUUUGGCCGAUCUGAUGCCCUUGUCCGACACAUCAAUGCGAAAUCCGGUGGUGCAUCUAAGUACACAUGCGAGUACUGCGGCCCCCGUAAGGGCUUCUACCGCCCUGACCACCUAAAUCAGCAUAUGAGGCUUUGUCACGCCGCCAACGCCGAAGACCAGCUGCUUGUCCGGAAUGCUGGUGCUAAUUAUUCUGAUGCCGGCGAUCUCUCUAUUGCUACCGGUUCCGUUGCUGUUGCCGGUGUUGGAGACCAGCUACUCGGGCAACUGACUGGAAUUGAUCAAUCUAACGUUAUCACUUCUGCUGUCCAUGUCGGUGCACUUAAUAACGACCGGGACUACGCUCAGUGGAAUCAGGUUCCCUCCGUUCCAUGGACCGUCCCAGAGACCUUUCAGGGGGAACCCAUCGGCUACGUUCCAGAGAACAACUUUCUCGAUCCCCAGAAUAUGAUGGUUUUUCCCAUGGCCUAUGGCUAUGAUACUAAGCCCCAAUUUCCGAACACCAUGCCAGUUGGGUAUGAAGCCCUUCCGGAUGAUAUGCUUGUCGAAUUUGGCCAGAUUUCGGACGUUGUGCCUUUGGACGAUGGACAGCUUCUUAUUGACGUGGAGUUGCUGAACAACGGCCAGUUCGAUGGGCAUGCUGGUCCUUCCCAAACCCAUGGACAGGAUGGCUCUGCCCAGUUCUAGAUUCGAAGUAUUCUGGUACUAUGCUGGCGAACAAGCCUUUGAUUGUUAGCUGAGACUAGUGGAAGGCGGCUAUAUGUAUGGGUUUAUUAUGGAGUGGGUUGAUUUACUUAGACGAUCACGUUCUUUUGGUUACGAGAUAGGUUGGAAUAUGAUACCAACGUCCAUUCUUUGCUUCUAGAGACCCUAAUCUACGUGAACAUCAAUUAUCCAGACCUUCUCCCUUUCCCCUUGACUAGAGGAGCUCCUAAUGUUAGGUUAUAGUAUACUAUAUCGGUAUCUGUCCGCAAGCCUAGAUCUCAUUUAUCAACGUGGAGUUCCGAUCAAGUGAAUUCCGGCGUCGGCCUGGCUCACCACAAGUGAUCAUAGAAUGAAAAACCAUAUGCACUGACUUAACGGAAUAGCACAGGGCUGAGUCUGCGACUAGUCAGAGCUAGUGACGUCCAUGGUCGCACGAAUACAGCCUAGUAUACUAAAAUAGCCUUCGUACGACAUGGAAUGUAGAAA